AUGAAGUGUAUGUUUCAUGCUGAUACGUUAAUUCCGGCAUUCGGAAGAGCUUCGCCAGCUGAAACAUACAUUGAUAUGCACAGGUUAUCUGACUAUAGCAAAAUUGUUGUUGAUCUUGCACUUUUCCAAUUACCGAGUAGUAAUGCUACAAUAUCCAGAUCUUCAAUACUCUACCUAAACAUGGAGCAUAAUUGGAGGAGUAGUAACACACAAAGAGGUCAGUCUUCAGGACCAAGAAGACCAUCUAGGGGUCGUGGGCAACGUGGUCAGCGUGGGCCACGUAGAACACAAGGUCAGCAUGGAGAACAUGGUCAACAGGAUCAGCAUGGGGAACGUGGUCAACAGGGUCAACAUUGGCAACGUGGUCAGCGUGGUCAGCGUGAUCAAAAUAUACGGAGUAAUCAGCGAGGAGAGCCCUCCGCCCUAAUGAGCCUAAAUGUACAACAACCUCCUGAACCACUUUAUUAUGACUAUUUUGAUCAGAAACUAAAAGCUGCUAAACCUGAUGAGAACUCUGAACAAAGUGAUUCACGAUCGUUUUCACCUUUUGGAUCACAAUUUUCAGGACCAAGAUUUCAAGGACAAGGGGGAGAUUCUAGUGGAAGCGCACACUAUGCUCAUGAUGAAAAACGUUCAAAGUACCUUCAUUUUCUUCAAUUAAAGAAACUUAGCGAAAUGAAUGAGAAUGACAUAGCAGCAGAACUGUCGCAUAACCCAGAUUUCAAGCUUUUACUGAACAGCGAUUUGAAUAAAGAUUUUACAGUUGUUACACUUCGUAUUUUGGCAAAGCUUGGACAAGCUAAUUUCACAAGAAUUGUGAUAAAUACCCUCAGCGAUGUGUGCCAGUCGAAAUUUCUCGCUAACUUAGAACACUAUUUGGUAUCACUACCUUCCGAAACUCAAAGCAAGACGAAAGAUAAUAGAUUUUACUGGGAAAAUAUUGAUGAAUUUUGGAACUCCUUGUAUGCUUUUUACAAAGCAGCCAUCAAUUUUGUUCCUGUAGACUCUCAUGGUUCAUUAAUACUAGUCAUGGAGCUAACUAUACGGUAUGUUAUAGAGUCUAUAAAAACCAAAGCUGAUCAUAAAAUUGAUAAAGAGAUAGAAUAUGGUAUUCACAAAUUACAUCAGCAACUGAAAAAGAAAAGAGAAAAAGGUAUUGAAACGUUCAAGGACUUCAGAACUUUAAAUAUCAUACCAACAGUAGAAGAUCUUAAUGAUCAUCAUCCAUACAUCAGACCUUGUAAAACUCAUGGUGCCUAUGAUUCGGUUGAACAUUACCUGGACGUACAGUUUCGACUAGUGCGCGAAGAUUUUUUAUGCCCAUUGAGAGAUGGUAUUCGAGAGUAUAAAGAAGCGCUAGCAGCAAAUACAAAAGUCCGGAUGCAAAAAUCAGACAUCAGGGUUUUCCAGAACGUAAAAUUGAUAAAUUCAACUGUAGUGAAAAACAAAAUCGGCAUAACUAUUUCUUUUGGAGUUAUGCGGAAGAUAAACUGGAAUCGUUCAAAGCUGUUUAUGUACGGAUCACUCCUAUGUUUCACUAAUGAUAACUUCGGAAGCGUUUUAUUUGCAACUGUCGCCGAGCGAGACCUAAAACUUUUGGAAAAAGGCCAAUUAAUCAUUGAGCCUUGUAUAGGAUCUGAAAUUAUGCGAGACAUGUACAACUCCCCAUUUGUUAUGGUAGAAUCAAAAGUAUAUUUUUUGCCCUACUACCAUACUCUUCACAGUUUACGAUUUAUGACUGAGGAGAAUUUUCCAAUGAAGCGCUAUAUCAUAGAUGCUGAAUCCUCACCUUCUCCACCGAAAUACCUUGAUAAAAGCACAGUAUAUGUAUGUAAAGGAUUCAGAAUUCCUGUAAUGGAUACUACACGAUGGCCAAGUGCUAAAUACCUUCAGUUUGAUCCAUCCCAGUAUGAAGCCUUUAAAUGUGCACUUCUACAAGAAUUAUCAGUAUUACAUGGACCACCAGGUACUGGUAAGACAUUUAUGGCGUUACAAAUUGCUAGCACAUUGUUAGCCAAUUCUUCAAGUUGGUACAAAUCAUCGCAACCCACUCCUAUGAUUGUUGUUUGCUUGACAAAUCAUGCCCUUGAUCAGUUUUUGGAAGGUAUUAUGUUGCAUACAGAAUCGCUAGUUCGCAUUGGCGAGCAAUCCAAAAAUCCAAAUUUGACCAAAUACAAAUUGAAAAAUGUACGUGAUAGUUACUUUAACAAUCAGAAAACGAAAAACUCUUUAUGGCGGCAUAUGUAUCACAACCGCAAACGAUUAAACGUGAUAUUGAAUGAGCUCAAUAAAUUCUACUUAAUUCUAAAGGCUUUGAGAAGUGAUACUGUCAUAGUCUCACCACAUGUACUUCGGCUAUAUGCCAACGAUGAAAAAUUGAAUGGCCUACUUCCUGCGGAUUUAUUUACUCAACUAUUUGGUGCAUACUCUGUACCUUUAAUUGACGAAAUACAUGCCUUUAAGUACUGUUCAGAUGAACACAGAGGCUCUGCAGCCAAAUCCGAGUAUGACUCCGAUGAUGAGAAGAUAGAUAUAGAUGAUGAUUUUGAUGUAGCAAGUGUAGUACUUGAAGAUAAAUCGCAAUUCAGUUGUUUGGAUCUGAGUGACCUGGAUGCUGCUAUUCACAGAUUAGGAACAAAAAUAACUCAAUGUAGCACCGAUAAAACCCAAGACAUACGUCCAAAAAAGAAAUUGAAUAAAGUACUUGAGGAGUUGAAAGAAUUACAAAAAACUGCACAGGCAAUUCUGAGCCAACAUCCCUUAAGUAAAAAUCAAUCAACAUCACAGAGCAACCUAAAAUAUGAAAGGUGGGAAAUCUAUAAUCGUUGGUUGUUAACCUCCCAUGAAGUGGUAAAAAAAAAUAUUGUGCAGCUGGAAACGGAGUAUGACGAAAUAUCUGCUAAACUGGAUGAUUUUAAACAAAUGACUGAUUUAGAAGUGAUGCGUAACGCUUUGGUUGUGGGAUUGACCACUACAGGUGCAGCAAGGCUGCAUGAAAUCUUGCGUGCACUGAAGGCUCCUAUAGUACUGGUAGAGGAAGCAGCAGAAAUUCUUGAAGCUCAUGUAAUCUGUUCUCUGACCGAACACUGUCAACAAGUUAUCCUUAUCGGCGAUCAUAAGCAAUUACGACCAAAACCGGCUACUUUUGAGCUGGAGGUUAAUUAUAACUUGAACAUUUCUCUGUUUGAGAGAAUAGUGAAUAUGAGGAAUAAAAGCGCACAGUUAGUCGUUCAGCAUCGCAUGAGGCCACAAAUUGCUGAACUGAUAUCCCCGGCGAUAUAUGAAACACUAGUGAACCAUGUAUCUGUGUUCACUUAUCCUGCAGUAAAAGGCUUGGAGAAAAAUUUAUUCUUCUUGAAUCAUCAAAAUUAUGAAUUGGGAGCUUUAGACAGCGAGUCAGUGUCCAACCCAUUCGAAGUCAAAUUUUUAUUGGCUUUUGCAAAAUAUUUGCUGCAACAAGGGUAUGCUUCGGAUGAAAUCACUAUACUAUGUACAUACAGUGGUCAGUUAUUCAAAUUUAAAGAGGCUAAAAGAAGUAUGCCAAUGUUGCGUAAUGUACGUGUAACAACAGUUGAUAACUACCAGGGAGAGGAAAACAAAAUAAUACUACUAUCGUUGGUACGGAAUAACCGUAAUGGUAACAUCGGAUUUUUACGUACUGAGAAUAGAGUUUGUGUAGCAUUAUCACGUGCUCGCGAAGGACUCUAUAUUAUGGGAAAUAUGGACAACUUAAUAGUGAAAAAUAAAAUUUGGCCCAAGAUAAAAAAAACCCUUGAAGACAACAAUGCUAUCGGAAGUUCUCUUGUUUUGCAGUGCCAAAUUCAUCCAGAUCAAUUAACAGAGAUAAGACAAGCAAAGGACUUUGAAAAUUUUCCUACUGGUGGAUGCUCACGUCAAUGUGGUACUGUAUUACCUUGCGGUCAUACCUGUAUAAAUCCUUGUCAUAUUUUGAACAGGGAUCAUGAGAAUUACGUUUGCAAAGAACCAUGUUUGAAAAAGUGCCGCUCCUGUGGUAUUCGUUGUGGUUCAUUGUGCAAUGUAGCCUGUCCACCUUGUGGAACAUUGCGCAUGGCAGUAAAUCCCAAGUGCGGUCAUCAUGCAAAUUUUAUUUGCAGUACAGGUUUAGAAAAAUAUAAAUGUGAAACCAAGGAACCAACCACUUUACGCUGCGGUCACACUGUACAAAAACCUUGUCAUUUACCUGCUGCGACAUUUCCGUGUACUCAUAUUUGCGCGAAAUUGUUAUCUUGUGGUCACGCUUGCAAAAAAAAAUGUCACAUUGAAGAAGAUCCUUAUCAUAUACGAUACAAAUGUACUGAACAGUGUAAAAAAACAGCACCUGGAUGUAAACUUGACCAUCGAUGCUCUAGACAAUGCCACGAAUCAUGUACAGUUUGUCUAGUAACUGUGCUAAAGGAACGUUCUUGUGGCCAUAAAUAUAAAGUGCAUUGCUCAAAGGAUGUGGAGACAGAAAUAUGCACACGACGAUGCAAACGCCAACUGCCAUGUGGUCAUACUUGCAAAGACGAUUGUUACAUGCCAUGCGGAAAUUGUAAAGAAAUGGUAGUCAAGAUUGUACCUGACUGUGGCCAUGAAGUAAAAAUUUCUUGUUCUGAAAAUCCAACAGUUGCUUUUUGUGAGGGUCAAUGUCCACGCAAGCUUGAAUGUGGACAUCCCUGCAAAGCCCAAUGCAAGGAACUGUGUACUAAACGAUGCGAAUAUCCACGUCCCCUGCCCAAACUGGGAUUGUGUCAACAUUUGUACGCUGUGCCAUGUUAUAAAAUAGAAGCUGGUUUAGCAGAAUAUGCAGAUAAACUGUUGCAGCACUGCUCACAACCUUGCACCACUUUGUUACCUUGUGGUCACGUUUGUAGCGGUAGUUGUGGUUCCUGUAAACAAGGGCGAAUCCAUAUGGCAUGCCGUCAACCGUGUGACAAGAUUCUCAUCUGUGGUCAUAAAUGCAAGGCUCCUUGCAAGGAUCCAUGUCGGCCAUGUAAUGAAAUAUGUUCCCUGAAAUGUCAGCAUACUGAAUGUGAACUCAAGUGUCGGGUAUCUUGUACACCAUGUCAGGAACCCUGUUCAUGGCGAUGUGAACAUCUUCAAUGUGAGAAACUGUGCUUCGAAAUAUGUGAUCGAGUGGCAUGUAAUGAACCAUGCCGAAAACGUACUAAAUGUGGGCAUCCCUGCAUCGGAUUUUGCGGCGAACCAUGCCCACCACUCUGCCGUGUUUGCGAUGAGAAGGAUCUACCUACUUUUGUCUCUAAUAAAAGUAAAUCUGAUGUACGGUAUGUGUAUUUGCCAGACUGUGGUCACUGUAUUGAAAGUAACUAUCUUGACUGGGAAUGGCACCACAGCUUUAAAAUUGGUAUUAAAGUAUGUCCAGUAUGCCAAACUCGUAUUACAAAUUGUGUACGAUACACAAACCAGCUUAAGAAGGAAUGUAAGAAUAUAGAAUUUGUAGUGGAUCAGGUCUCCUUCAGACUAAAAAAUUUACGAGAUGAUCAACAGAGGCUUGUCGAUGAUAUUAAUAAAAUCCCAGAAGUAUAUACAAAGGAGUUUCAAGGUUUUAAUGCUCACAAAAAAUUGUUCGAAAAUUUGAAAACAAUUGUGAAUCAAAGAAGGAACCUAGGUAUCGCAUUGUUGAAGGAUAUCAGAAUGAAACUCACCAUCACUGUAACGAUUUUACAAAAACUCGAUGAAAUACCAACCAUCUAUCGUAAUACCAAUAAUUGGCCGGUGGUUCUUAAUCAAAUUAUCAUGCUGAUCUCAUGCCUUCCGACCCAUCACAAUAUGUCGUACCAAAUGGUCAAGGAUAUCGAAAAUGAGCUCGUCAGAUUACAUUAUAUGGUUCAGCUCUGUAAACUCGAGAUGUUACAUGAAUUAAACAAGGACGAGACUGCAUUGCAAACAGAAAUAGUUUGCUUGGGACUGCUGAACCUCAGGAAAUUUACAGAUACUAAGAGCAAUGUAAUCUACAAACAGCUAGUGGAACUGAAAGAGUCACUCCAAUCAUCCCUAACAAUCAACAAAGAGAAAAACAUCACGAUUAAGACAGUGGGACUAGACGACGAAGAUUGGUAUAAGUGCCCUGUAGGGCAUAUUUUUCUAGUGAGAUGUGAAAUUUGUCUGCUGUCGACUCCAUCCUCACCUAAAGAAUGAAAAUGGCAUCGAACAUCUCAAAGUAGUUUUAGAAAAUAGUCAACGGUACAAUUAUAGUUAUGUUGCCCAACUACACGGAGAGGUCUUAUAAUAUGUAUCAGUUUUUUUUUUUUUUUUUUCUAUUUCAAAUAAAGUUCAUAUCGAUGAAGCAAAAUGAGUUGAAAGAUAUGAUGCAAUCCUAAACUUUCAGAAGAUUUCUAUAUUUUACCAGUUUUGCAGGGCUAACUUAUUAGAAUGCAGCUUUAGCAUUUUGUCUUCCGUUUCUGAAGUAACAUUGCGAAUUUCUACCAAGCUUGGGGAA